AUGUAUGGGAAUUGUGGCAGUCCAAAGCAGGCCCAGUCCAUCUUUGAUGAAAUGAAAUGUGACAAGAAUUCAUUCUCCUGGUUCUUCCUUUUUGCUGCAUAUGCCCGAAACGGUCUUCUUGAAAAAGCGAAAAACACAUUUGACAAAAUGCCUGAAAGGGAUCUCGUCUCAUGGAGUAUGCUUAUUACAGCCUAUGCAAAAGCCAAAAAUUUAACCCAAGCUAAAAAGACCUUUGACAAGAUGCCAAUGUGGAAUAUCGUAGUCUGGACUUCUAUUCUAGCAGCAUAUACCCAAAGUGGGCACCCUGAAAACGCGAAAACAGUCUUCGAGACUAUGCCAGAAAGGAAUCUUGUAUCGUGGACUUCACUCCUGGCAGCUUACUCAAACAAGGCAAAAGUCGAGGAAGCUAGAACUUUGUUCGACCAUAUGCCCCAAAGAAAUCUAGUUUCGUGGAAUUCCAUGCUUGCGGCAUAUGCCCAAAACGGGCAUACACUCAAAGCCAAGGAGCUAUUCGAAGCAAUGCCAGAGAGAGACUUAGUUUCAUGGACGACAAUGGUGACGAGCUACACCCAAACCGGCCACCUCGAAAGCGCCAAGAGCGUGUUCGAAUCAAUGCCGGAGCGCAACUCCAUCGCAUGGAAUGCGAUGAUUGCAGUGUACGCUCACGCGAGACAGGUGGAGGAAGCCAAGUUUACGUUCGAUCAAAUGCCACUUCAGAGCCUGGUCUCGUGGAACACGAUGAUCUUCGCGUACGGCCAGUCCGGCUACUGCGGCGAGGCCCAGAUGACGUACAAUGCGAUGCCGGAGAGAGACGCUGGAUCCCAGACGACCAUGUUUUCUGCCUAUGCGCACAACGGGCAUAUCGAUCGCGCUGCCAAGUUCUUCGAUCUGUCACCGCUGCUGGAUAUCAUCUCUUGGAGGGCGAUUCUCGCGGCCUUUGCUCAAAACGGACAGUUCUCCAGAGUCCUGGAUACAUAUGACAAGCUCAAGCUGGUGGAAGCUCCCGACGAGACGUGCUUCGUGUCCGUGGUGAUCGCUUGUAACCAUUCAGGGAAGCUCUACACCAGCCGGCAGUGCUUUCUCUCGAUGAUAGCGGACUUUUCUCUGACUCCCACCAAGCAGCACUACUCGUGCAUUGUGGACCUUCUGGGACGGGCAAACUAUCUGGAGGAGGCCGAGGAUUUGAUCGAUGCGAUGCCGUUUGAGCCGAGCUUUUCGGACUGGAUGUGCUUGCUCGGUGCCUGUAGCAGCCACAACAACCUGGAGCUGGGAGUCCGAGCGGCCAAGGAAGUGAUUCGAUCCAACCCGAGAGCGGCCACUUAUGCGAGCGUGUUGCUUGCCAACAUUGUUUACAUGAAUGCGGACGGAGGUCUCGUCCAAAGCUUGCAGAUUACUGAGAACUUGCAGCGAGAAAUAGGCCUGCAAGGACCAAAAAAAAUGAGGCACCAGUAA